GGCCAGGAGCACCCAACGCCACUGCCCAGGUCCUUGGCAACUUCCCCCAUCAGGUAGGCAUGGGAGUCUCUUCUACCUGGAUUCCUGUCAUUUGAUGUCCAUCUUGGGUGGCACCUACAGGCACUUUCCCCGCGGGAUCCAGUGUGGCUGUGGAUUUGCCCUCCAGGAACAGAAGGGCGAGCUGCGCAAGCGGCUGUCCUACACCACGCAUAAGCUGGAGAAGUUGGAGACGGAGUUUGACUCCACACGCCACUACCUGGAGAUUGAGCUGAGGCGUGCCCAGGAGGAGCUAGACAAGGUGACGGAGAAACUGCGCAGGAUUCAGAGCAACUACAUGGCGCUGCAGAGGAUCAACCAAGAGCUGGAGGACAAGCUGUACCGGAUGGGCCAGCACUAUGAGGAAGAGAAACGCGCCAUGAGCCACGAGAUUGUCGCCCUCAACAGCCACCUGCUGGAGGCUAAGGUGACCAUUGACAAGCUGUCGGAGGACAACGAGCUCUAUAGGAAGGACUGCAAUCUAGCGGCCCAGCUGCUGCAGUGCAGCCAGACCUACGGCAGGGUCCAUAAGGUGUCCGAGCUGCCCUCGGACUUCCAGCAGCGCGUGAGCCUGCACAUGGAGAAGCAUGGCUGCAGCCUGCCGUCCGCACUGUGCCAUCCGUCCUACGCCGACAGCGUGCCCACCUGCGUCAUCGCCAAAGUGCUGGAGAAGCCGGACCCGGGCAGCCUGUCCUCGCGCAUGUCGGAUGCCUCGGCCCGCGACCUGGGCUACCGCGACGGAGUGGAGAAGUCGGGCCCGCGGCCCCCGUACAAGGGAGACAUCUACUGCAGCGACCCAGCUCUCUACUGCCCCGAUGAGCGGGAGCACGCCCGGCGACCCAGCGUGGACACGCCGGUGACCGACGUGGGCUUCCUGCGGGCGCAGAAUUCCACCGACAGCGCGGCGGAGGAGGAGGAAGAGGCCGAGGCGGCGGCCUUCCCGGAGGCCUACCGUCGGGAGGCCUACCAGGGCUACGCGGCCUCGCUGCCCACCUCCAGCUCCUACUCCAGCUUCAGCGCCACGUCCGAGGAGAAGGAGCACGCGCAGGCCGGCACGCUGACCGCCUCGCAGCAGGCCAUCUACCUGAGCAGCCGCGAUGAGUUCUUCAACCGCAAGCCCUCCGCCACCUACAGCAGCGGCCCUCGCUUCGCCAAGGCCGCGUCCACCCUGGGCUCCCCGCUGGAGGCCCAGGUCGCCCCAGGCUUUGCUCGGACUGUGUCUCCGUACCCGGCCGAGCCCUACCGCUACCCGGCCUCCCCCGGUCCCCAGCAGGCUCUCAUGCCUCCAAACCUGUGGAGCCUGCGGGCCAAGCCGAGCGGAAACCGGCUUGCCGGGGAGGACAUUCGAGGCCAGUGGCGGCCCGUGAGCGUGGAGGAUGUGGGCGCCUAUUCCUACCAGGCCGGCGCCGCUGCCGGCCGCGCCGCCUCGCCCUGCAACUACUCGGAACGUUACUACGGCGGCGGCGGCGGCGGCGGGGGCGCCGUUGGCGGUGGCAGCCCCGGCGACAAGGCCGAGGGCCGUGCCAGUCCCCUCUAUGCCACCUACAAGGCCGAUAGUUUCUCGGAGGGCGAUGACCUGUCUCAGGGUCAUCUGGCCGAGCCCUGCUUCCUCCGAGCAGGUGGCGAUCUGAGCCUCAGUCCCAGUCGUUCGGCUGAUGCGCUCGCUGGCUACGCAGCCAGUGAUGGGGAUGGAGAUAGGCUCAGGGUGCAGCUGUGUGGGGCUGGCAGUAGCCCGGAGCCCGAGCAUGGCUCCCGCGAGUCCCUGGAGCCUAGCUCCAUGGAGGCCUCUCCUGAAAUGCACCCUCCCACCCGCCUCAGCCCCCAGCAGGCCUUCCCAAGGACUGGAGGCUCUGGGCUGAGCCGCAAGGACAGUCUCACUAAAGCCCAGCUCUACGGUACCCUGCUCAACUGACUGCCAUCAGCAGACUGCAGUCAGACUCCCUGCCACCUUGCCCCAUAUAGGGAGUAGCUAACCCCACCCCCUCGUCCCAACCCCUGCCAAGGAAGUCCAGUUCCAGUUUCUCCUGACCCUCUUACUACCACCCCAGUAGAACCUGAAGAGACCCCCCCUCUGGCGCGUCGUCUUGUCCACCCCAGCUUCUGCUACAGACCCCCCAGGCUCUGCUACAAACCCCGAAUAUUUCUGCUCUGCACCCUUCCCUGAAGUGAGCAUCCCCUGUUUUGUAAGUGAAGCUAUUUUUUUAGGGAAAGAGAGUGUUUCUUCGCACACUUGCCGCUAGAUUCUGGAUGGCAGCCUUGGCUCAUUUCCAGCGAGGGUGCAUGGGGCCUGCCCCAGGGAAGGGGAGGCUAGGACCCUAGAGGGACCAGUCUCCACAAGAGGGGAGAAGCCAGAAACAAGGGAACAAGUGGGAAGUUCUGUACACUGAGGAGGGGAACCAAAGCCACUUAGGGCGCAGAAAAUGUCUUAUGCUCUCGUCUCACAGUGCAGCCAGCACUCCGCCCUGAUCCACCCUGAGCUCUUCCAUGGCCCGGCCUGUGGGCCCAAGAGAGGCCAGGGACACCCCCAAAACAGCCGGUGCUCGUUCCUCCCCUUCCCCUCCCGAGACCACCUGACUCUACCUCAGACAUGAGGCUCCUCCCUCCUCCCACCCCUGUGAACCUGUCUUCUGUGAUGCAUGCCAGUCUGUUAGUACUGUAUCUCGAACUCCUGAAUAAAGGACAGC